UCUUUCUUUGGAUCGCUGACAGAUACAGUCAAGUCUGUUGUAACACCCUCCUGGCUCACUGACUUGGUCAGAACCGUGAAAAGAUCCUCCAAAAAUGGGGAAUCCCCUACAGAGGAGAAAGGUAGGGAAGAAAAAGAGAUAUGUUCAAGUAAUAGUUCCAACCUGAAACCCAGAACAGCAGAAUAUGGUCAGCUGCCUAGUAACUCAGUACCGCCCAGAACUGACACAUUUAGGGGGUUUACAUCAGGAUCCCCAGUGUCGGGGAACAAUUAUACCUUUGAAGUUGUCAGUAAGAAAAAUGAAUCUAUGAAUGUGUAUCCCUCCAAUGUGUCACAAUAUAAAGAGGAACCAGCACAGGUCAGAGAACCAGUAUCCGUUGAGGUCGUACAGAAUGGAGGAGAGGGAGAAAUGGAGCAUUCGAUGGAACCUCCCAGUGUCAAAUUGAUACAACACCAAAACAGAAAACCUGCUGUGUCCAGGAUUUGA